AUGCCACCUCGUCGGUCCACCUCCCCGCUCGCCUUGGAAACGUGCCCCCCCUCGUCCGCCGACCUUGAUAGUGACGGAAUCGUUGGCUCUGACGAUGAGCUAGACAGCGAGGCCCGUGCCGCGCAACGCCGCAGGAUCGAGAAGCUGGCAGGGGCCUAUCUUCAGGGCCAACCUUUAUUCAUCCUCUCGGCUUCUCUGCGCGGGCCGUUUGAUGACCAACAAUGGAAGAAUCCGUGGAGGAAAACCCGGAGGCAAUCUGGGCAUGCGGAGGAUAAUAACCGAAAGACUCGUAAAGGGGUAGAGGGGACCGACAGCCCGGUGAUACAAGAAACAAACCCGCGGAAACGGCGACAACCCCCCGAUUCGCAAGAGAUUCGCCAAUCUCAAGCUUCUACGGCGCCUUCAAAUUCCAGUGGCUCCCUUCUCAGACGCGAGAAAGUCGUGUCCGAGGUGAAUGGCAGCUCGUCAUGCCCUAGGCCCGUACAGGAUCUACGUCGUGAACAGUUGGCCACGCCCGCUUCUAUCCCCAAAGCCAAGGCAAAGACAAUCGGAACGAUACUGAAUUCAGACAACUCAACUCCAAUUCGAGGCACCGAUAAAAGCUGGCUGAAAAAGGAUCGGGACCGCCUGAUUAAGUUUCACAAUUUCGACCCACCUACAUCCCCUACAUCGAAAAUCUCAUCCCGUCACCAUGGAUCCAAGAGGCGUGCAGUUAAAGUUGUCUCUUCUCCAAGCCACCUCCAAUCUCCCGGGCCCGAAAGUCACAGGACAACGACGCCUCGUCCGAACGGCAGGUCACUUAUCGCAACGCCUGAUACUGUGUCCCAUUCGGCCCACCGUCUGGGUUCGGCCAAAAAGUCUAUACCUUCCGGUAGCAGAGAGCGCACUUCUCAUUCUAAUGUGCCUCCAAAUAAUUCCAGGCGUGCAGAUCAGGAGACAUCGUUCAGUGUUCUUUCCUCGUCCUCCCAUCUACCUCAAUUUGAGUUCCGUCGGAAGAAGCGCCGGUCUGCGACUCCUAAAGUGAAUGGUAACACUAAAGCCACUGCAAGCAUCGGGGAUCGGGAACAUGCAGGCAUCCCUCCUGUUGUCGAACCAGCAAAAUCCUCAGAUCAGUCGGAUCGGGUACCACAAGAGGAACCGUCGGCACAAUCUAGCAGGCAGAACCAAACAGAAGACGAGACAAAUCCGCAAGAGUCCAAUACGCUGACUUUCGGUUCCAAGACGUUUGAAGGCGUACCCGUCUCACAUCCAGACCCGGCUCCAUCAACCAACAAUCAAUCGAAAGAUACAAGCGAAAGAUUGCCCUCCGCCCAGAUCAUUCAACAAAAUCCAGCGAUUUCUGGCUACAUGACAUCAUUACAUUCCACGGCAGUUCCAAAGGGUGGCACAGAGGAUGGCGGGGACACUGUUCCCGAUCACCAGUUCUCAACGCAAGCUGCGCUUCUCCUCGCCCAGCAGUCCUUUCAAAAUGACCUUGAAAGCCAACAUCACGAUUCAGAAACGCCGGCCCUAAAACGACGAGGUUCGGAUCUUUCUCGAUCCAUCUCACCCCCUCCAAAUAACAUCACGCCCUUUUACCGACUAAGCACGCCCGACUACCAUACUGGAGAGUCUCGGCGAUACGGGGGGGAUGGUAUGGCUGGUGCGCACAUGAUCAGCACGCAAGGCAUGAUCGACGCCGUGACGCCUUUUACGUUCAGCACCGACAAAAAGGAGAAGUAUCGGCGCAUCUUGACGCCCGCCAGUGCGCCAGGCAGCAAGAAGGCAAAAACGUGCAGUUUUGCCGACACGUCGCCUACGUCGCCCAGGCACAACGAAUUCCUUUUCGAUUCUCGCAUUGAGAAAGUCCCGAAUUCCGUUCAAAGCCAUCGUGUCGAUACCCAACACAGCGCCUUACCUAUGACCUUGACGGGCACUACCCCACCCACAGCUCAGGAUGCACAGGAUGGGUUCCCGGCUGCAGAGACCUUUAAUCUUAGCCAGGCCAUCGCCGAAGCUGGAAGUUGGCUACAGCAGAGCUUCGAAAUCAACAAAGAAAUUAGUCAAUGCCGAACUACAAAGCCCGGGCCAUCACCAUCCAGGGAGCGACAAGCCGGGCUAGGUGUUGGCGGGAUAAGCUAG